AUGGUCCAACCAAUUACCAGAUUUUUACUCCGUCCACACACACAAACCUCAUUCCACCGUCCUCUCUCUCCCCAAGGAAAACCAUUCUUUUUCUUUGGUUUUCAAGAAUCUGUUUGUAUAGAGUUGAUCCUCAGUCAUAUGCAGGGAUAUGGAGCCGAUGUACAUAUCAUUACUGUGGAUGGGUUGAUUAUUGCAGCUCAUAACAACAUUUUGAGUAAUGCAUCAUCAGUGCUAGGGAAUUUCCUGCAGCAAUCAAAAGUUAUGAAUGGCAUCAGACGUAUAAGGAUUCCUGGGGUACCUUAUGAUGCUCUCCACACUUUUAUACGUUUCCUUUAUUCAUCAUGCUAUGAAGAAGUUGAAAUGAAGAAAUUUGUUCUUCAUUUGUUGGUUUUAUCACAUUCCUAUGUGGUUCCAUCUCUUAAAAGAGAGUGUGCACAACUUUUGGAACGGGGUUGGCUGACCAAAGAAAAUGUUGUAGAUGUGCUGCAAUUAGCUACCAAAUGUGAUGCACCACGACUCGUCUUGGUUUGCAUGCGUAUGGUAGUGAGGGACUUCAAAUGCAUAUCAUUGACUGAAGGAUGGAAAGUAAUGAAGCGUGCAAACCCUGCUCUUGAACAGCAAAUUUUAGAGUCACUCGUUGAAGCAGAUUCAAGAAAACAAGAUCGAUUGAAGAAAAUUGAAGAGAAAAGGUUAUAUCUGCAACUACACGAGGCCAUGGAGGCUCUGCUUCAUAUUUGCAAGGAUGGAUGCAGGACAAUUGGGCGUCGUGAUAAAGUGCUGAAAGGAAGCCAGGUGGUGUGCAGUUUCCCGGCUUGCAACGGGCUUGAGAUUUUAAUUCGUCAUUUCUCAAGUUGUAGUACAAGAGUUCCAGGCGGAUGUGUCCAUUGUAAGCGCAUGUGGCAGCUUCUUGAACUACAUUCCCGCACGUGCAAUGAGCCCAACUACUGCAAGGUCCCUCUUUGUAGGCAUUUCAAGGAGAAAAUGCGGCAACAAAGCAAAAAAGAAGAAGUGAAGUGGAAUUUUUUGGUGAAUAAAGUUCAAACGGCAAAAAUUGCCAUACGACUGUUCUCAUCUCAGCGGUCGAGUUUUUGA